GUGCUUCUUCUGAUAAUUGGUGGAAACACAAGAUGUAGAUUUAUGAUAAAGCAAGCGGUUUUCUGAUUAUUUCGUCUCAUUAUUUUUAUUUCGAGCCAAAAAAAAAAAAAUUGUACAUAACUCACAGGCCCAGUCAGCUAUAAGUUAUGCAGCAUCUCUUUCGGUCGAUCGCCACAACAGAUCCGACGUCGACAACAACGACACCGACGAGCGGAUUACCCAUGAUCGACUUGACACCAUCACCACAACAUCGCCAUGGUGGUGUCGACAACGAACUAACCAACAACAGCAAGUACAGCUUCGAUCGUGUCUUUCUAAACCGCUUUUAUCGUAUACUUCAAGUCCUCUUUCAAUCGGCCUCGAAUCAAGAUCGAUUCUAUUCACUCUCGCCCAAAGCCCGUCAGAAAUCACUGUUUUGGCUUUACAUUGCAUUCAUUGCACUUGCGAGUGGCGUUGAAGUUUUAUACUACUAUGUGGGCUUAACGUCAAGUCGAUUCUAUGCCAUUUUGACCAGUCAAGAUUUGGGCGGUUUCACGCGAUUCAUUAUACCUUGUAUGCUGUUGGUGUUUGGAACAGCCGCGGGCAAGAGUCUGUUAUCGUACAUGGGCGGUCUGUUUUCACUCAAGGUUCGACGGAUAUUGACACAACACUUGCAUGAUUGCUAUAUCAAGCCAAAAACACUUUAUCCGGUUGUCACGAGUCCUGAUGCACCCGAUAAUCCAGACCAACGUAUAGCCCAAGAUAUUGAAAAGUUUGCCGAUGCAUUGCGCGAAAUAGUUGAAAACCUUAUAAUUUCGCCGGUCUUGGUUGCUUACUACACCUGGAAAUGCUGGUCCGUCACGGGAGCUCUAGGGCCCAUCAUGAUCUAUGGUUAUUUUGUCGUGGGUUCCGUCCUGAGUCAACUGCUCAUCAGACCCAUCGUGAACUCGGUGUUCUACAAGGAACUCGCAGAAGGAAAUUUCAGAUUUCUGCACGUGAGAUUGCGUCAAUUCGCAGAAGCUAUUGCGUUCUCGCGUGGCGAACGUGAGGAGCAUGCACGAGCAAAAGAGAGUUUGGAGACCCUCCUUAGAUACCAGCGACAAGUGAUCAACAAGGAGCUACCCUUACAUUUGUCGAAUGAAAGCUUUUCAUACUUUGGCUCUGUUCUGAGCUAUCUUAUUGUUGCUAUGCCGAUCUUUGCAGGUGCUUUUAAGGACAAGGAUGCUUCUGAACUUAGUGCAAUCAUUUCUCAGAACUCGUUUUUUUCCAUGUAUCUUAUCUUUAGAUUUACAACUAUUAUCGAACAGUCUGUCAAGUUAUCUGACCUGGCUGGUUAUUGUGCUCGUAUUGGAGAACUGCUAGAAGUAAUAGAUGACGUGGAUGAUGAGCUCAAUAACGUUGCAGUACAUCACCCCCGUAAUGAUAUUGAUGAGUACGAUUCAAGCACCAUCUUAUUUGAUAAUGUGCGACUAGUAUCACCACAGGGAAAACUGCUUGUUUCUGAAUUCAAUUUAGAAGUGUCGAGCACCGAUCGUGUGGUAAUCGUUGGACCUAAUGGAAGUGGCAAGUCAUCUCUACUACGUGCCUUAGCUGGACUAUGGCAAUGCAACUCGGGUCGCAUCCAUGUUCCAAAGGAUAUCUUUGGAACUGACUUUGUAUUCUUGCCUCAAAUACCAUACCUUAUUGACGGAUCAUUACGUGAACAAAUCUUGUACCCAAACAACUCAUCCACUAUCGCCUUGACAGAUAAUCAAAUUCGCGAAUUGUUACAUCAAGUCGAGCUCGAGCAUUUGGAAAGUAUGCUCGGAUCCUUUGAUGCUCGGUACGGAGAAGAGUGGCAAAAGAUGUUGUCUCCUGGUGAGCAACAGCGUUUGAUGUUUACGCGUAUUCUAUACUGGCAGCCUCGUUUUGCAGUUCUUGACGAGGCAACUAGCGCCAUGGAUAUCAAUGCUGAAACCCAUCUUUACAGUCUUCUUGCUGGAAUGGACAUUGCCAUUAUCAGUAUCAGUCACCACCCGCAGAUUGUUAAUUACCACAAUAAGAUUGUAACACUAGACGGACGAGGCGGAUUUACAGUAGAUGAGACAACCCCCUCCUCACCAAAGCAAUGAUUACCAUAACAUAUAUUCAUAUAUCUUUUUCUUUUUGUGUGUUCUGUUUUAAUAUAUAUAAUUUGAUAUAUAUAUUUGAGAGAGAAACUUAUUCUUUUUUUCUGGUUUUAUAUAUAUGAACGUCUCGCGAAAAGAAGCGAUAGAGA